AACCGGGUCCGAUGUUUCCAAAAGCCUAACGCGAACGCUGAAAAGGUGGGGACAGCUCGCAAGUCGCACGAUACACGAGCGUGGGGGCGCGAGGAAUCAGGGUUUUACAAACAACCUCGGCCUCUCUCUCUCCGUGCGCUAAAACCCCUCACCGUCUCCUCUUUCACCUCUCUCUUUCUCUUCUGUAGCUCCCCCCCCCCCCCACCCUAUCUCUCCCAAUUUCUUGCAGUAGCUUCUCGACUUUCCCUGCAUGCAUUUCUGAACUAGCUCAGCUGGUUGUUUGGCUUCAAGUCGUCGUCGAUUCGGAGUCAUGGCUGCGAGGGCUUCAAGGAAGCUCAUUUCUGAUUAUAUCACCAAGAGGGCGAUUUCGAGUUCCGUCGGGAGCUGCCGGCAUUGCUCUUCCGCUGCGGAAUCUUCUCCAAAAAUCCCGCAUUUCUCCAAGAAAGGGAGAUUGCUGACGGGAGCCACUAUAGGCCUGGUUAUAGCCGGUGGAGCUUAUGUGAGUACUGUAGAUGAAGCAACUUUCUGUGGAUGGCUGUUCUCAGCAACCAAACUAGUGAAUCCGUUCUUUGCUCUUCUAGAUGCUGAGUUUGCCCAUAAACUAGCUGUAACAGCUGCUUCUCGUGGCUGGGUUCCUAGGGAGAAGCGGCCUGAUCCGGCAAAUUUAGGGCUGGAAGUUUGGGGAAGGAAGUUCUCCAAUCCCAUAGGCCUUGCUGCUGGCUUCGAUAAAAAUGCUGAGGCUGUUGAGGGUUUACUAGGGAUGGGCUUUGGAUUUGUAGAGGUGGGCUCUGUCACGCCAGUACCACAGGAGGGUAAUCCAAAGCCGCGCAUCUUCAGAUUGCGUGAAGAAGGUGCUAUCAUAAAUCGCUGUGGCUUCAACAGCGAAGGCAUAGUUGCUGUUGCUAAGCGACUGGGUGCCCAGCAUGGUAAAAGAAAGUUGGAUGAGACCUCAAGCACAUCCCCUUCAUCCAUUGAGGAAGUAAAACAUGGAGGAAAAGCUGGUCCUGGUAUUCUUGGUGUAAAUCUUGGGAAAAAUAAGACAAGUGAAGAUGCUGCUGCAGAUUACGUACAGGGGGUCCAUACAUUAUCGCAGUAUGCUGAUUACUUGGUUAUUAAUGUUUCAUCACCAAAUACUCCGGGAUUGCGUAUGCUCCAGGGAAGAAAGCAGUUAAAAGACCUUGUUAAGAAGAUUCAAGCUGCUCGUGAUGAAAUGCAAUGGGGUGAGGAGGGUCCCCCUCCUUUACUUGUUAAAAUUGCUCCUGACUUGUCUCGAGAAGACCUUGAGGACAUUGCAGCGGUAGCUCUUGCUCUCCGCCUGGAUGGAUUGAUCAUAUCAAAUACAACCAUCUCUCGACCAGAUCCUGUGAACAAAAGUCCAGUGUCUGAGGAGGCAGGUGGUUUGAGUGGCAAACCUCUCUUUAACUUGUCUACCAGAAUCUUGAAGGAGAUGUACAUUUUAACACGGGGAAAAAUACCUCUGAUAGGCUGUGGGGGUAUAAGCAGUGGUGAAGAUGCAUACAAGAAAAUAAGAGCUGGUGCUUCUCUUCUUCAGCUUUACACAGCAUUUGCUUAUGGGGGUCCCGCCCUAAUUCCACAAAUGAAGGCUGAAUUGUCGGAGUGCUUGGAAAGGGAUGGUUUCAAGUCUAUACUCGAAGCAGUAGGUGCAGAUUGCAGAUGAUUAAUUUGAGGCUCGUAUCAUCAGGCUUUGAGACAACGCUCGUCAGAAAGAGUUAGACCUUUUUUGUCCAUGGGUUGGUCAUUUAAUCUUUGUGUUUUAUAUAAAUCUGGAGCUUUUUCUAAUUAUUCGCUCCAUUUUUCCCCUUUAAUUUCUCUGAGGAUUUGUAUGGUGAUUGGGACUCUGGGAGUUGUGUAUUUAUACCAUCCCAUGUAUGCGACAUCGUCAAAAUUCUUCGAUGUAUUUCAAUUUUAUUGAGUGGAGGGCAAACAAUGCUUCUUUUCU